AGAGCACAAGCUUCCCUGCCUCCUCUGUCUCUCUUGUAGCCUCUCCAGAGGAUAGCAAGCCAAGAGCAGAGCUCUCCAUCUCUCCCUGACCCUUUACGCUGGCAUUUCAACGCUCUGCCUGUCUCUUGAUUGCUAUUCCUGGCACAGACACACACACACACACAUCCUCACACAAAUAUAUCGCACAGGAGAGGGGCACGACACCUAUUCCCCCAACAAAGGAUGCAGUGCCAGCAGCAUCUCCGCACAUUCAAGCCCCCGACCUGAUGUCUCAAUAGACACUGUCAAUGACCCCCUCCCCUACUCUGCUGUCUGCUCCUACACCCCCUCCUUCUCUUUGCCUCUACAUUUACAGGCUGGAUGCUACAGCGGCCGUUCCUAAUUACCUCUUAUCCCCAGUGGUUUGUGAAUAAUCGCCGCUGAGGAGCUUUGAAGGGUUGCUGAAAAGGAUAAAAAAAAAAAUAUAUAUAUAUAUAUAUACAUAGGAUUCGGACCGUAUAUCACUUUUAACCCCCUUGUAAGGACAACACCUGUCCGCUCUGCUGGAGAAGAGGAGAAGGAGCCAUCGGGAGAGAACCUUUCAGAUAACUAGCCCAAGUCAUGCAGUCUUUUCGGGAAAGGUGUGGUUUCCAUGGCAACCAGCAGAACUACCAACCAACAUCACAGGAGUCAUCACGCCUGGAGAAUUACCGACAUCAAAGUCAGCCGGCACUCAACUGCGAGCGACACAGGCAGGUGACCAAAAGCUACUAUGCCCACACGUCCUACCAAGGCUAUGAAAACAGCGUGGGGGAGAAGUACCCCAGGGACGAAAAGCAAAUCAGUGUUCAGCAGCUGCAAGGAAGGGUGUCUUUUGCCAGUUUCUCAGAGGGUAAUGUGUACCCCGGACAUUAUACAGGGGAAGAUGGACUGCAGAACUGGGGGCAAUCUCAGACUUUGGGUGGGACCAAAUACGAGGAAAACCUAAUAAAAAAGACACCCGGGGAAGGAAGGGGUUACCAAGAUCCAGCCGGGCAGAGCCCGUUCCGCUCACAUUCGCUGCAUCACCCACAGCAACAGGCCCUGCCCUAUGCCAAGAUUCCCAGGCAGAAAGUUCAGAACAAUGUUCCAUCCUCUCCUCUAUCCUUUUCCCAAGCCUCCCACUUCAACCAGAGUUUUCCAACGUCAACCUAUUCCACAGUCACAGGGGGAAGCCAAGUCUCCCACACUUACAAGAGCUGCACGGCCCCCUCCAACCCUCAGCAUGACCACACCAUGGCUGCGGCUGGUCAGCGGGUGCAGACGAUACACGGCUACCAGUCAAAUCGAAUGACUUCUUACGAACAGCCACAGCUCCACCAUGCUCAGGAGACACUGCACUACCAAAACAUGGCCAAAUAUCAACACUACAGUCAACAGAAUCAAACUUACUGCCAAUCAGAAACUCCCAGCCGAACUCCGGAACAGUAUUAUCAGCCUUUCAGUCCCAGUGCCAGCCAUUCACCAGCUCGUUCAGUGGGCAGGUCCCCAUCUUACAGCUCUACUCCCUCUCCUCUGAUGCCAAAUCUUGAGAACUUUCAAUAUAAUCAACAACAGCAGCAGCAUAACACUGGCACAUUUCCUUUAAGCAUGGCUGACCACAGUCAUUACAUGCCUCUUAUAAAUCCGUCACCCACAGGAACGUCCAGUCCAGAGUCUCAGAGUAAAAGUCUGCAAAAUGAUAAAUUACCAGAAACCUUGCUGUCUGAUCUUAGCCUGCAGAGCCUCACGGCUCUGACAUCCCAAGUGGAAAACAUCUCCAACACUGUGCAGCACCUGCUUCUUUCUAAAAGUGGAGUUCCUCAAAAGAAAGUGAUCAAGACAUCUCCGAGGACUCCUGAGCAAAUAAAGGGGCAACACUGCAGCCCAGAAAGUAGCACAUAUUCUUCUGAGCAGAUUGGAACUCCUUUAUCCGAGGCACUUGGUACCCCUCAGUCUGUGCACACCGAGAUUCCAGAUACAGACUAUCUCAGUGGCUCAGAGGACCAGCUUGAAAGGAACUAUUUGUACUGCGGUUCAGGCCAAAGCCCAGCCAGAGCCAACAAUUGCAAAAUGAAAACAGAAUCUAUCUCUACUUGUUCUGUAACUUCACCGGAUAAUAUGUCUACAAAGUCAGAUGAUUCGUUUCAAAGUAUCCAGGCCAGCCUUCCACUGGAGACCUUUGCUAAACUGGUAAGCAGUGAGAGGGAAUGCCCACAUUUACUGGUUAAUGCCCUUUCCCAGGAGGAGCUAUCUACUGAAAUUAUAGCCCUUCAAGACGCUAUUGAUAAUGAGAAAACAGAGAAGGCCUGGGUGGAUUCCCCUGUCCUCAGUAAUAACUCCCAAAAAUCUCCUUUAAAUCUCGAAAACAGCUCAGCUUGCAUAGAGUCUGCAAUGCAAACUUGGUCAGGCCAAGAGAAUGUAGAGGAAUUCUCUGAAGAUUUAAAGAAAAGCAUUACGGAGGAGGUCAGACCGAGGAACCAAGACACGUGUUACAGCGACAAGUCUUUCGUAAGGAAAGAAUUACCACCAGAGCCAAUUGAAGUGACAGAAACCAUUGACAAUUCUGGCAGUUUAGGUUCUGAUAAGAAUAUUACAGCCGCAACAUCUAGUGCCAGUUAUACCAGCUCCUCUGAUACAUCUGCAAGUACAACUUGUUCGAAGACAAUGGAUCCCUUUGAUUGGCCGGAUAAAAACAUGACUGAAUCAUGCCUAAGGUGGAAAGACUUGGAGCUCAGUCUGCAUGAAUCAGACCUUGAAAAAGAUUUAUUCCAGGUCAAGGAUAAUAAAAUUGUCUGUCAGCUCGAUGUCCCUGAUGUUGAAACUCCUUUAGAAAAUGACUCCGGCGAGGAUUUUAACAAGGAAGGAGCAGGGGACUUGGCCUACACAGACAUUGGUAAGACUGACAAUGAGAAGUGGCUUGAAGAUACUAGAGACUGUUAUACUGAAGAAGACUUUCAAGACAUUCCUGAUAUCCCAUCCCAAAAAGACUCAAACCUGGAGCCAGAAGAUUAUUCUUCAUUGUGUGAUUUUUCAGAUAGAAAAUCUUUCAUUUAUGACAACUCCCCGUCAAAACCCUUAAAAGACAUGGAAACUGUAUCUUCCGUUAAUACCCCGGAGUCUACGGAAAACCCAAGCCUUGAGGAGAAAGAAAAUUCAGCUCCAUCUCAGCUCUCUGGUCACUCCAUCAUCCUGCUUGGCCCAGCUGUGGCCACAGAAUCUAAAGUGAAAAGUUGGUUUGAAUCCACCAUAACACACAUUAAAACUGUGGGGGACAUAAAAGAAAAGAAUGAAGAGGAUGCUGAAGCCUGUGCACUUGAACCUCUAACCCUCCCAGAUGGAGAAAUGAAAGACCUUAAAGUGCAGGAUAAUCAGCUGGAUGUGAAAGCUGAAGAGCUACUCGAGAGGAAGCCUCUUUGCAGUAAAAAGAAUACAUGCAGAGCAGUAGAAGCAGUUGAGUCUGACAAAGUGGCUCAGAACCCUGUCGGUGAAACAGCUAAGGCAGAUAAUGAGAAAGCACAAGAGGAGGCACCAAAUACAAUGGCCAUUGUUCUGGUAGCCAAGGCUCCAGUAGUUGGAGUAAUUCCAGCAAGAAUGUGUACCCGAUCCUCAACUGCAAAGGCAGAUCCUCAGGUGAAUGGGGGAGCAGUGGGGCCUCCACUGCUUCAUCAAGAGAAAACCAAUAAAAAGGGAGAGUUCAAUGUAAAGGAAAUAACCUCUUUUAAAAGCGGUAGAAGAGGUGGAAAAGCUGCGAUGAAACUGGUAUCUUCUUGUGACAGAAAGAACUUUAUGCUUCAAAGCAAGUCACCUAGCAAGCUCAGCAGUCAGAAAGCUAAAGAAAACAGCAUUGCACCUCUCAAGGAUGAAAAGUCCAUGAUCCUGAGGUCUCGCAGCAAGAAGCAGGAACUCUUCCAAACCAAAAGGAGGAAAGGAAAGAGAGGAAUGAGUGUGGUUAUUAAAAAGCGGGCAUGCUUGAAGAAAAUCCUGGCUAACAACUGUACAGUUCCGGACACAUUCAAGUUGAUUCCAAAAGUCAAACGAGGCAUGAAGCUUUCAAACUCAGGUGUUCCGAUCAAUGCCAAGGUGUCUGACCGAUGUCUACAUUCUCUGAAACGGAAACCAAACUUUAUUUCCCCAGUACCUGCCAAAAAAAAGAACCUGAUCUUACGCAGCAAAAAUGUCAAAGAGGAAAAAUCAGAGCCGAGGCCUCACUUAUUUAAAAAGAUUCGGGCGGCGAAGAAAGAAAAGGUCAAUUUGACCAUUGCUGCAAAAAAGACAUGCAAGGUCAUCUUAAAAACACCUUCUGUUCGUUUGACACCGGAGUUGUGCAUAAAGGUGUCCUCCCGUUCAUCAUAUGCAGGGGCGGUAAAAACAAAAGUUCUGCCUCCCAGAAAGGGCAGAGGCCUCAAACUGGAGGCUAUUGUACAAAAGAUCACCUCCCCAAAUCAGAAGAAGCAAGGCAUUCCUGGUGCUUGCUUAUACAAUCUUGUGACAGCUGGUGACAAUAACCUGAAUGCGCUUACAACAGGAAAAGAAAUGAAAGCACUUAGUUUAGUCUCUGCAGACAAUGAAACUAGGACGGUAAGUCAAAACAAUACGCUAACGUCAGAACCUGAUCUACAUUCUCCAAGUUGCAGAAGCUCCAACAAUAGGUCCUUAAAAGGAGCACAGUUGCACAGAAAGAAAUUGGCCUCUUCCUCCCUCCACUGCACUAGCACAUGCAGAGGGACAGAGCAAGAGGGCAAUUACAUUAAGGCAAAAAGACUCAGAACAGUCCCAAAGAGGAGAAUCAGAAGAGGGAGGUCCAAGGGUGCAUUGAAUAGCCCAAAAAACACAUCAAAAAGGCAGAUUAGGGCUUCUCCAUCUGUUCUCCUGACAUCUAAAGGUAAGGCCCUUUCAGAAAGCGUUCACCAAACCAACAAGUGCAAACAGUCUGAGCUGAAGGAGACCUCCAGUGUUCCGAGUGGGGUGGAAGAAACCUCUUCUCAAGUACAAGCCAGGAAAAAAACAAAGUAUGCUAAGUUCAAUGGUUAUACUAAAAGGCAGCGCAAUAAUGCACCCCAAAAUAAGCCCACAAAGCAAACUACAGUUGGCAAGCGUACGGCUAGGAAAAAGAGUGUCCCACUCAUAAGCCCAAAGGAACCCAAAAUCAAGCUGAAAUAUGUCUCCACUAAACCAGUGCGGUCUGAAUGUCGGGUGAGAGCAUUCUCACCUUAUGUUCAAGUGGAGAAAAAGAAUGAGUACACUACAACAUGCACAGUGAUAAAUACUGCUGUGGAAGAGAGCAGGUUGCUCAAGGAAAGAAGCAUCACGCAUUUGGUUCCUCACUCUGCCUCGUUUGUUAGCUCUGGCACUUUGCCUCUCUCCUCCCGAAUGCAGCUGGGGCCACUAGUAUGCAAGGCGGUACCCUCUGGCUGCCUCGUCUGCUGCCUUUGUAGGAACCCUGCCAAUUUCAAAGACUUGGGGGACCUUUGUGGGCCUUAUUACCCUAUGGACUGCCUACCUAACAAGAAAUUCAGGCCAAAGGAUAAGUUCAGAAUAGGAGACUUGCCACAGGAGAAAACUCCCAAAAUCUCAGACAGUGUCUGUACAGUGGGUGGUGGGAGGGCACCUUGCCCGGACAGUGGGGAACUUGACCUAAGUAAUCACAACAAGCUGCGCACCAGUGCUCGAGGGUUGUUGAGGAAAUUGCCCAGCUGUUACUGCUGCAGAAAAAAGGUGGAAAUAGCAGAGACUGAGAAACCAAGGAGACAUCAGUACAGCAAGACCCUCGAGCCACCUUCUCCGGAACUGGAAACCCAGGAACACUGGGUUCAUGAGGCGUGUGCUGUAUGGACCAGCGGGGUUUACCUGGUGGCAGGAAAGCUGUAUGGCAUCCAUGAGGCAAUUCAGAUGGCGGCCACAGGGCUGUGUCCCAAGUGUCAGAGGCCAGGAGCCACCGUGGGUUGCAGCCACAAGACGUGCGAGAAGAGCUACCACUUUACGUGCGCCGUGGAAGCAGGCUGCUUACUCAGCGAAGAGAACUUCUCCUUGCGAUGCCCCAGACACAAGAAACACCUGGUGUAACUGCCUGCUCCACUAAUGUCAUCGUCAUCUCACCCCAAGUUCUUUCGUUCACCUCUCAGCACUGUCAUCAUGUUCCAAGCAGGCGAGAGAAGCGCGGAGGGCGGAGCUAUACCUGCUGCAGAGUCAGACUCAGCCGGUGCCUGGGUGGUGUAGGAAGCGCUCCCCCUGCACGACAGACAGGCAUGCUGGCUUGCAGUGGAUAAGGAACGUCUGAGGUCUCAGAGGGGAUUGUGGGUAAUCCCAGAACGGAGACAAGAAGCGGGAGCGGCGUGAUGUCAUGUUGGACCAGCCAAGGAAACAGUGAUGGUGGAUAAGUUCCAGGAUGGAAGCUGGCUAAGCCCAAGUUUUACCACUUAAAUCAGUAUGUCUUAUAUUUCUACCUACCUUUCUGGAGGCCACCUCGAGCCCAGUAUUCUUGUUAUGGACAACCAAUUUCCACCCCCAGGUUGGUGAGAUCAACUCAAUGCGCAUGCAUCUGCCUGCAUACAGGUCAAAUAAAAUACCGCCAUUGUCUUUGGUGGGAGGGGAUAAUGUUGAAACCAAGAAAAAAUCCUCAUUGUUUGUAGUGUUCCAAUACUCGGCCACCAGACACAACGUUGGCCUUAGAUGUACGAGUCAACUGUAUUAUGUCGCCCUUGCAAGGUUGGACCUCACAAAGGGACCACAGUAUGAAGAGCGACGGGAGACGAUGUUCUUUUGGGACUUAGUAGGGCCAAGGAACCAGGUAGGGCGUUAACUGAAGAAGAAGACAAGCACAGAGCAUGGACACAAGGAUAGUGGAAACAGGUCUGAGUUGGCUUCAUUUCUCUUGAAGGCCUCAAAAAACUGUGCUUGGUGGUCCAUGAGAGCCGAAGGUGACCAGAUGUGUUCAGUCAUUUACACACCCCGUUCUUUUCCAUUGUAUGGAUCUGUCUGUUGUGUUAUCUUGCCUACCUGUACUGGCUGAAGGCGGACACGAUGCCCUCACACAAUCAGUGGACAUAGGAGCCCUCCUCUCUUUCUGGCCUACGUUCCUCUUUGGAGCUCAGUUAUCUGGAAGUCAAUGGCACGGGAAAGUUGGGCUAUCCAGAUAAGAGAUGGACCAAUGGGGCUACACGUUUCCUGAAAAUACUAUUUUCUUUUCUCUGAAAUCCACUGACCUUUGUGAUUGAUAAGUGACCUUGAAAAUUAUAGUGGCCCAUGAAUCGUUGAUUCCCAUCGGUUAAUUGUUUCCCCCCACACACCUUCCGACACCAUUUCCCGUUGUUGUUUAUGAAGAGGUGCGGAAUUUGCAUCCAUCCAAGGCCGUAUUCUGUCAUCACCAAGUCAGGUUCUGAGAUGUCAAAUAAACCACUACCCCCCGCCCCUUAGUUUCACCUGUUCAGUUCAGGUAACAAACCCCCUAUCUCCCCCUCCCCCGCUACCAAUGUACAUUACAUGUGCUGAGGGUCGAAGUGUGGAUAGUGCGUCAUUUAAUGCUACGAGUGUGUGUAUGUGUGUAUACAUAUGCAUAUAUAUAUAUAUAAUAUAUGAAAAGACUGGAAAUGUUUAACCCCUUUGCUGCCAGCGGGACUAGCAACGUGCUUGUUGAACGUGCUUCUGGCAACCGAAAGGUUAAAAAAAUAGGGUUCUUUUUAUUAAAAAAAAAAAAAAACGAAAAUGAAAAAACAAUGCUUCACACUGAAGACUGUGUGUACCCAGCUUUCUAAAAGAUGUUUAUUUUCUUUAAAAGUACAAAAAAAAAAGAGAGGCUGUUGGGAAUGUGAAUAAAAAACAACAAACACAA